AUGGAAAAUCCAGUUACUAACAAGCCACAAGAAAGACCAAUUGGAGCAAAAAACAAAGUCCAAGGUCAGUACGAAGAGACCUAUCCACUUUUGAAAGUGUUGAAAGAGGACAAAAACAAUGUGGAAUAUGCCAUCAAACUGGCCAUAAUAGUCAAACAU